UUUUUCGUCAGAUGGUCGUGCGUGCGAAUCGUAGUUAAUACUCGUAAGUAACCGGCAUCGAGUGGCAAGUGGCGUGUACAAAUACUACCUACUCGUACAUACAAGUACGUAAACAUACGAGUAUCUGAUAAAGUUUUGAACUUGUAGAAGGUGGGGAUCUGUGGUAGUUUGGUGGUAUUGCCCGUUGUCGGAGUCCAAGUCUUCGUGCAUUUGGAAACAGUAUCGAAGUGUCGUCGAUCUGUAUCCGCAACGAUCAGCGAACCGGUGCAGUGUUUGAUACUCGAUUAGUCGAAUUCGAUCUUCUACAGUGGUCGUCGUGUUAGUGUGAUUUUUGAAUUCGCCAUCGAAUAUCGUGCUGGGGUUUUGUUCGCGAAAGUCUCGAAUAGAGUUGUGGUGAAUUUUUUUAAUUUUUUAAAAUUUUUUUGAGAACUUUUUUACGAGUGGUUUAUUUUUUUGAAAAUAUUACAUAUCUAAUCGUCUGAUUGGGUUAUCGAAAGGUUGUGACACUGGGGAAAACCGACGAAGAACUAAUUUACAUCGAAAAGAACUACCUACUGUCCAGUCGGCAAUUAAUAUUACAAAGUGCAGCAAAAGCGGUAAAAAUGACAACACUGAUGGUCGUUUUGACGUGAUGACAUUUGGUCAUUUUGAUAAAGCCGACAACUAACCCGACCAAAACGCUGAACAUCUAACAGAAUGCCGAUCGUGAAUCAUCUAUCUUAUAAAAUGAAGGAAAGCGAAGACGACCAUAAUCGCGACGUACAAUUGGUUGGAUUUGCCAGGAAUGCCAUCGAAGACCCUAAACCACCGACUGAUCAACGACUCGCUAAUGUUCAAAUGGAUGCCGAAUACUGGAAAAAUAACGACGGAUAUGAUAAUCAAGCUUUUCACCGAACAGAACCAUCCAGUUUGGAAAGAGUCAACGGACUACCAUCAAAUGGAGCCAGUUAUAUCCCAAAUAACAACAACAACAACGGCACCAACGGCCACAACAACAGUAGUCACAACGGUUCAGCAAACGGUGACAAUUACACAUUCGCCAUAAACGACUCAAAUGAAGAUUCAGAGAGCCGAUCAAGCUGGGCAGAAGACACAUACCGAAGGUGUUGCUCCAAAAAAGUCCUAUACAAGAGGAUACCUGUGAUUAACAUGGUACGAAAUUAUGAAAAAAAUAUGUUCGUAUCGGAUUUAGUAGCAGGCAUCACAGUAGGAUUAACCAUCAUUCCACAGGCUAUGGCGUACGCCAGUGUAGCGGGUGUCCCGGUCAAGUAUGGCUUAUAUUCGUCAUUCUUGGCAUCAUUCAUAUAUGUGAUACUGGGUAGUUUGAAAGAUGGCUCGGUGGCACCUACCGCAAUACAAGCUAUAUUGAUUAGAGAGAAUAUACAUGGACUCGGACCCAGUUUCGCCAUCCUGUUGUGUUUUUGGACGGGAUUCGUGCAGCUGGUUAUGGGUGCAUUACAAUUAGGUUUCCUAGUAGAUUUCAUCAGUGGCCCAGUGUCAGUUGGGUUCACGUCAGCGGCUGCCAUUAGCAUUGCCAUGACGCAAGUUAAAGAUCUCUUAGGUUUAGAUUUUAGUGCCAGUAAAUUCUUCGAUGUGUGGGAUCAAUUAGCCAUACAUUACAAAGACAUCAGAACGUGGGAUGCAGUAUUAGGAUUCACGUGCAUGGUCGUGUUACUCGUGCUGAGGAAAGUCAAAGACAUCAAAGUUUGCCCAGACGACACGAAGGAGAAAACCGCGUGCCAAAGGUUUCUCGAGUCGUUCCUAUGGUUCCUCUCGACGGGCCGUAAUAUUCUAGUCGUAUUGGUUAGCGGAACAAUCGCGUAUAUGUUCCACGAACACGGUCAUGGAGAACCUCCGUUCAGAUUAUCAGCCGAAGUCAGCCCAGGCUUGCCUAGUAUCGAGCCGCCGCCAUUUUCAGCCGUCGUUGACAACACGACUUAUGAUUUUUUCGACAUGACGUCCAAAUUGGGCUCGGGCAUUUUCAUAGUUCCUUUACUUUCGCUUCUGGAGGAUAUUUCCGUCGGAAAAGUAUUCUCUGAUGGCAAACCAGUAGACGCGACUCAAGAAUUACUAGCUCUGGGUACGUGCAAUCUGCUUUCAUCUUUCGUCGGUUCAAUACCACUUUCCGGAGGGUUAUCCAGAGGAGCCGUGAAUAACGCCAGCGGAGCAAGAACCACCGUUGGAAGUAUUUACUCUGGUCUCGUAGUAAUAAUAUCGCUUCAGUUUUUUACGUCAUUUUUGACGUAUAUACCAAAAGCUUCUUUGGCGGCAGUCAUCAUCGCAGCUGUCGUGUUCAUGGUCGAGUUCCACGUUGUUAAACCCAUGUGGAGGACUAAAAAAAUCGAUCUAGUUCCAGCAGCUGCUACUUUCCUGGGAUGUCUGCUGUGGAGAUUAGAAGUCGGUAUUUUGAUCGGAGUCAGUAUUAACGUGCUGUUCUUACUGUACAGUUCGGCCAGACCCACAGUACAAGUGGAUAAAUUCAAAAGUGAAUGGGGUUACGAGUACGUAGUCAUAACUCCGGAUCGUAGUCUAGCUUUCCCAUCGGUCGAGUAUUUACGCAGCGUAGUCAGCAAAGCAGGAGUCAAACAAGGAAAUAGCUCAAUACCAGUGGUUAUCGACAGUCGUCAUGUCCAAGGAGCUGAUUUCACCGCUGCAAAAGGUAUCAAAUCGUUGAUCGAAGAUUUCGUCCAAAGGAAGCAAUUACUGUUGUUUUAUAACCUGAAACCCAGCGUUGUAGAAAUAUUCAAAGGAGUCAAACCGAAAGAUUUUCAUUAUUGUCAAACCGAGAAAGAACUUCACGAUUUCCUAAAAGAAUAUCACUUCAAAAACACGAGUAGUAUCGCUAAAGUGAAACGUUAACGUUAUCGAAAAACGUUACCACGAAUUUCGUUUUACGUCUGCAGCGAGAAAUUAACAAUGCAUUUAGAUUUAUGAAAAUUGUAUAUUUUUUGUACAUACACAAAUCAUAUCUUCAUUAUUUAUGAUACCAAUUUUAUAUGUUAUUAUUAUUAUAAUGAACAGUAUUAAUUUUAAAUCAGUUUUACCAUUCGAUUGUAUUAUUAUCGUGAUUGUUUACCUUUUUUUUUUUUUUUUUUUUGUAAAAAGAAAAGUAGAGUUAAUGUAUGAAUAAUGUAUGUGUAUGUUUUGUAUACGUCUUAUACCUCGGAUAGUUACCCAUCGAGUAUAAAUGAAUUUUGUGUAUUGUAAAUUUGAAUGAAAACGAGAAGUAAGCUCGAAAUUUCCAUAAGCACUAUUUUUUAAUUUGUAUAAUAUGUCGUAUUUUUUGUGUUUCUUUUUCUUUUGUUUUUUUUUUAAAUAUAAAAUAAUAAUUUAAUGUACCAAUAUUGUUUUGUGAUCUGCGAAUAAGCUAGGUAUUUAUUUUCUUUAAUUAUUAUCUAGUUGUAGGAUGUGUAGUAUUCCUGUAAGCAUUUAAUUUUUAUUGUAAAAGUUUAUAAAUUUGUGUGUUGUGUACCUCUAUACAUUGUUUGCAUAUUGCAUUAGACAAUCUUCAUUGAAAUUAAAUGAAAU